GAGAGUAAGACAGUAAUUUGAAUGUUUUGGUUUCAGAAAUUUUAGAAUAAAUUUUAUUUCCCAGAGUUUUGCUUUCAACGACCUUAUAUAGAAAAAUUCUGUACUAAUUUAUAAUAUUUUUAUUAUGGAGCAACCAACAAAUUCGAGUAGAAUCUUGAAAAAUGGCUUUAAAAAUUCACUAUUGAAAAGAAAACAUGAAUCGAUCAGUGAAUAUAUACUCCAACAAAAGGAUUCUAACAAAAUUUUUGUCGUUGAGCAACCAGAAAGAAUUGAAAACCAAUCAAUUCAAUACACGGGAAGUUUCUAUUCUGAUAAGAUUCUCAAUGAAACCGAUCCAUUAAAUGACUUAGAUGAUCUCAUUAGUUACAGUCCAGAACCAAAUAACUUCGAACUUGAGGAAACAUCACAGAACAAAAUUUCCACUCAAGAAAUUUCAUUGGAGUCAAAUUCAACUCAAAAUUUCUUCCUUCAACAAGAAAAUUGUUUCGAAACAUCACAAAUUCUUCCUCAAUGCAUCGAAUGUAAAGAAGAUCCAAAUGCUAGUAAAUAUAAUUGCAGAUUUUAUGAAUUUCGAAAAAUUCAAAGAACAAAUGGAGACGAUUUGAAAGUUGCUGGAUUUCUCGAUCCUCACUGUGAUCCCAAAGAUGAAGAUGUUAAUUUGUGGACCAAGUCAUACUACAAAGUCGAUAAAGAUUCAUCCGAUUACAUUCUAAGCUUCAUCGCUAGUCAAUUUUGUGAAAUUUCUGAAACCGAAUUAAAAGUCAAGAAAAGUCAACAACAAGUCGCUUGGAAACGUUCAGUUCUUCAAGUUCGAGAGAUUUGUGAUGUUUGUGAGACAUCAUUGUUUAAUCUUCAUUGGAGUUGUACAAAUUGCGGUACUUGUGUUUGUUUCGAUUGCAGUACGGAGAGAUCCGCAGGAUUUGCUAGAUGGAAGCCUAAAACAAGAGUCGAUAAAACCACACGAGACAACUUUUAUUGGUAUAAAUGUCAUAACAAUGCCAAUCACAACAUGCUUUUAACACAAAUGAUCACAAACGAUGCUUUGACAAUUCUUAAUGACACUUUACAUAAACAAUGUGAGGAACGAAGCAUCACACAAAAUUGCGGCUGCAGUUUAAGAAUAAAAAAUUGUUUGAAGAUGGAAUCAAAGAAAUUACUGCUAGGUCAACCGAGAACUGACUCUUACCACAAUGUUCUUCGUCAAGUAAUGAAAUGUCAGAGACAUAAAAGCAUUAAAAUGAAUCCUUCACGACGAUUAAGUCUAAUGGAUCAAAAAAGACUUAACCAAUGUGUAAAGUUCACUUAUUUAGUUCAAAAUCGUGUUAUAAAGUUUUUGGAACCAUCAGAAUCAGAAGAAAUGUACAAACUCUUCCAGAACCAUUGGGAACGUGGAGUGCCAAUUGUUGUCGCAAAUAUAACAAAAAAUAUGAAUAAAAUUAUUUGGUCGCCAGAAUAUUUUAGUUCAAGAUUUGGUGAUGAGAAACAUGUCAUGAUAAAUUGUUCGAACGGCGUUGCAAUAAAUCGUGUAGCAAUGAAAUAUUUUUGGGAUGGAUUCGAGUCAGUUAAGAAGCGAUUACCAAAGGAAAAUGAUGAAGAAAAACUCGUUUUAAAACUGAAAGAUUGGCCAACUAGUGAUGACUUUGCUGAUGUCAUGAAGGAACAUUUCGAUGAUUUAAUGAAAGCACUUCCAUUGAAAGCUUACACAAAACGAAAUGGAAAGUUUAAUUUAGUUCGCUAUCUUCCUGAUUUCUUCUCACUGCCAGAUUUAGGACCGAAAAUGUAUUCAGCAUAUUCACAAUCACAUCCAUCAAAGCAAGGUUCGACUAAUCUUCAUCUCGAUGUUUCUGAUGCAAUCAAUGUGAUGGUUCAUGUGAGUAAACCUUUUGAUUGGCAUUUAGCUCCAAAUCAAUACAGUGCCGAAGCAAUAAACAAAGCUUUAGAUGCAGCUGGAGCUGAUAAGGUUGAUAAAUAUUUCCAUUUGAACAAUGUUAAGUUGCCGGGUGCAAUUUGGCAUAUUUAUCCAGCACAUCAAGCUGAUGAGAUUCGAAAAAUUUUAAAUGCAGUUGCAAUAGAGAGAGGAAAACCUUUGGGAGUUAAUGACGAUCCAAUACACGAUCAAAAUUGGUACAUCGAUGUUGAACUUAGACAACGCUUUAAGGAAAACGACAUCGAAGAGUAUAUGAUCGUUCAGUAUGAAGGUGACGCUGUCUUCAUUCCAGCUGGAGCUCCACAUCAAGUUCUCAAUGUUCUUGAUUGUAUUAAAGUUGCAUUGGAUUUUGUUGCACCGGAAAACAUUUCUGAAUGUUUAAAUUUAACAGAAGAAUUUCGCAUUCUUAGUACACGACAUCAAAAUCGGGAAGAUAAAUUACAAAUCAAAAAUAUUUUGUAUCACACAAUCAAAAAUUUGAUUUGGGACAAAAGUGAUUUAUGACUUUCGGAUGCAGCCUUGUUUCAAUCAGAGUUUUGAUGUAAGAGAAUAGAUAAAUUGUGAAAGUACAAAAACUUUCUUUCCAGUGAUAAAAUUUAGUCUCAAAUCGAGAGUUCUUUUCAGUUCCAAAUAUUUGUGUGUAA